AUGUUCGACUUCAAGUUCAUCACGGGGAGAACUCUCGUUGUCCUCAUCACCCUUACUUGUUCGAUGAGUUUUAUGUUAUUUGGCUAUGAUCAGGGAGUAUUGUCGGGGAUCAUCGGUGCCGAUAACCAGUUCGGCCAAGACUUCAACCAUCCUGAUGCUACUACUCAGGGACUAAUCGUAUCUGUUUAUCAAUUGGGGAAUGUGGCUGGAUCCAUCGGCAUCUUCUUUGUGGGUGAUUAUUUUGGUAGAAAGAAAUCGAUCGUCUAUGCGACCACCAUUAUGCUCAUUGGAGCGAUUCUGCAAACUACAGCCAUCAACCGCGGAAUGAUGUACGUUGCAAGAGUCAUUACCGGAAUCGGUAACGGAGCUAAUACGUCGACUGUUCCGGUGUGGCAGUCCGAAACCAGCACAGCCAAGGAGCGCGGAAAACUCGUCGCGGUCGACAGCUGUUUGAUGAUAUUUGGUAUCCUGAUUGCUUACUGGAUGGACUACGGCUUUGCCCAUGUUUCCGGGCCAGCUCAAUGGAGAUUUCCCAUCGGUUUCCAGUUGGUAUUCAUCAUCAUUGUUUUAGCGUUGGCAGUGAUCCUACCCGAAAGCCCUCGCUGGCUGCACAAGAAGGGUCGUCACGCCGAAGGAGAUGCAAUCAUUGCACGACUGAUCGGAAAGGGCGUUAUGGCCGACGAUCCACGUGUGUUGGAGUUAUCGACCGUGAUAGUAACAACAAUUGAACUCGAGUCCGCGGGUGGGCCCUUCAAGAUGAAGGAACUUUUUCAGGGCGGCAAGUUACAAAACUUUCGCCGAAUGUGCAUCUGUUUCACCGUGGAUGCUUUCCAGCAACUUGGUGGAAUCUGCGUCAUCACAUACUACCUCCCCAAAGUGCUCUCGGGUUCCGUGGGCAUGUCGCGACACAUGUCUCUGCUCAUGUCUGGAAUCAUCACCACAGAGUACUUCGUGGCUUCGAUCAUUCAGAUCUUCCUGGUCAAGUAUUUCAAGCGCCGGACACUGAUGUUCCUUUCAAGCGCUGGCGAGAUCAUCACCAUGGCGGUGUUGGCUGGCUGCGUACGGGACGGUGGACUCGCUGCUGGUAUCGUGGCGGUCGUCAUGAUUUUUGGCUACAACACCUUCUACGCAUUUGGAUGGCUCACGAUCCCUUUCGUCUACCCCGCUGAGAUCACGACCCUGCGACUGCGAGCCAAAGGUGCAGCGGCGGCCUCGGUCGGCGCGUGGAGUAUUGAAUUUAUGGUCGUCCAAAUCACCCCAUAUUGUGUGCAGAACAUUGGAUAUAAAACCUACAUCUUGUUUGCGGUUCUGAAUGCGGGCAUCAUUGUGCCCGUUGUCUACAGUUUUUUCCCGGAAACUGCGGGCAUGCGUCUCGAGGACAUCGAUCAUAUAUUUGAGCAGGGUGGCAUCACUGGUGGGGUUUUGUCCAAGAUUGGGCGCGUUGUAGACCGACGAACUGAUAUUGAAGGAGCGUACCAUCGGGAGAUCCAGCCUGGCGAGCCGAACUUGUCUGGAUCCAAUUCGCCCUCUCAAGUCGGGUCUAAGGUCUUCGAGCACCAAGAAAAGGCUUAA